AUGUUGACCUUUGACCUCAAUGCAAAGAUGAGCAAGAAGCAAGUUCAGAGCAAAAAAAACAAGUACUCAGUACUGUUACCAACCUACAAUGAGAAAGAGAACCUCCCUCUCAUUAUCUGGUUACUUGUUAAGCACUUUGAGGAAAGUGGCUGUGACUAUGAGAUAAUUGUGAUUGAUGACAACAGUCCGGAUGGUACGCUGGACGUGGCUAAGCAGCUGCAGCGUCUCUAUGGUGAAGACAAAAUUGUCCUGAGGCCAAGGAAAGCAAAACUCGGAUUAGGGACUGCCUACAUACACGGUAUCAAGAAUGCCACUGGUAACUUUAUCUUCAUUAUGGACGCUGAUCUGUCUCAUCAUCCAAAGUUCAUUCCGGAAUUCAUCAAGCUACAGGAAGAGAAUAACUAUGACAUUGUUUCCGGCACUCGAUAUGCACUAGGGGGCGGAGUGUAUGGUUGGGAUCUACGGAGGAAAAUCAUCAGUCGUGGUGCCAACUUCCUUGCUCAAGUUCUGCUGAGACCAGGUGCGUCUGACCUCACAGGCAGCUUCAGGUUGUAUCGUAAGAGUGUUCUGGAGGGCCUCAUGUCCAGGUGUGUGUCCAAAGGCUACGUGUUUCAGAUGGAGAUGAUUGUGAGGGCCCGAGAGAUGGGCUGCACCAUUGGAGAGGUUCCCAUAACGUUUGUUGACCGUGUGUAUGGAGAGUCCAAGUUAGGAGGGACUGAGAUUGUUUCUUAUGCCAAAGGACUUCUUUACCUAUUUGCUACCACAUGAACUCAGUCUCUUCUGUUUUUGAAUUUUGAUUGCUAUCAUUAAAUCAUUAAUUAUGAUGCCACUAUUAUGA